AUGGUAGAUUUAAACAAGACCACGGUGGAAGAGUUCAUUUUAUUGGCCUUUGUUGAUUUGCAGCAUAUUCAGAUAUUCACUUUCCUGUUUUUUCUUCUGACCUAUAUCACUUGUACUAUGGGAAAUCUCGCAAUAAUCAUUGUUGUUAAAAUAGAACAUUCACUCCAUAACCCAAUGUAUUUUUUCAUCGCUGUGUUCUCUAUUUUGGAAAUCAUGUUUGUCUCGGUCACACUUCCGAAACUUUUGGCCAUUUUAGUUACACAUAACAACACAAUAUCCUUCAUUGGAUGUUUUACUCAAAUGUAUGUCUUCAACUCUUUGGGUGUCACCGAAUGUUAUCUACUUAUGGUGAUGGUGUUUGAUCGACAUUUGGCUAUUAAUAAGCCUUUACAUUACUCCACCAUCAUGACUCCUACAGCUUGUGUUGGACUAGCUAUUUUUCCAUGGGUUUUUGGAUUUUCCAGUAUUUUAGUACAGACCAUCAUCACGGCACAGAUGGAUUUCUGCGGUCCUAAUAUAAUCGAUCACUUUUGUUGUGACUUUCCUCCAUUACAAAGCUUGGCUUGUUCUUACUCUUUCAUUAUUAUUAUGUUAUCAUCCUUAGGAGCCAUUGUUAAUGUUGUCCCACCUUUCUCCACAAUCAUAGGAUUCUAUGUCUACAUCAUAAUAACUGUCAGCAAGAUUAAGAGUAAAGAUGGGAAACAAAAAGCCUUCUCCACCUGCACAUCCCAUCUCACUGUAGCCUGUCUGUACUAUGGUGCGGCCAUGAUUGUGUAUGUCAAACCAAAUGCCAGCUAUUAUGAUAAGUACCUCUCUUUAAUGUACACCGCAUUUAUUCCAACAAUUAAUCCUUUUAUUUACACUUUUAGGAACAGGGACGUAAAGGAGUUUUUUUGGAAUUUAGUUAACCGAGCCAUUAGACCAACCAUUUUGUUAUAUUGA